AUGCACCGCAUAAUCCUCGUCUCCAUCGAUGGAACCCAUCCAAUACCGUGGAAUACUGACCUCGGGAUACCCCCCUUGAUCCAACAGUCUCUCGCCGUCGACCUCUUGAACCCUUCCGCCGCCACCACUGAGCGAACCCACAAGCUCAAGAGGCUGGUACAGGCUCCUAACUCGUGAGUCGGGCCCGCCACAAGUUUAACGAUCUUGUCGCUCAACACCAAAUUUCCAUUCACAGCUACUUCAUGGACGUCAAGUGCCCUGGUAAGCUGACCCUUUGGAGAGCUCGUCAAGUCGGAUCGAUGGCUGACCACGUAUCACUACUACUCUGUUCCGUUAGGCUGCUUCAACAUCAACACCGUCUUCAGCCACGCCAACACUGUCGUCACCUGCGGAUCGUGCUCUCAAGUCUUGUGCCAACCGACCGGUGGAAAGUGCCGUCUUACCGAAGGUGCGUCAAUCUCCACCGCGGCCAUUCAUGUUCGAGAGCGGUUUACUGACCGGGGAUACGUUUGUCGCUUUGUCGUAGGUUGCUCGUUCCGUCGAAAGGCCGCAUAA